AGGUUCAGGUCAAGGAUGGAUCUUUAUACUCUGGGAUCCUUCACACUGACUCCUUUGAUAAGAAUCGUGGCUUCAGCAAAGAAAGCGAUAGAUUUCUUGCCAUUUCUACAAAAAAUUAGAAGGCUUCCCGCUAUGGUUGAAUAUGUCCUUAGUGGACAUCGUUUUAAAUUUCUUAUUCCCAAGGAAACUUGCAGCAUUGCUUUCGCAUUCUCUGGUGUCAGGUGCCCAGGUCGAGAUGAGCCCUUUUCAGAUGAAGCUAUUGCAUUAAUGAGAAGGAAGAUAAUGCAGCGGGAAGUAGAGAUUGAAGUUGAAACAGUUGAUAGAGCUGGCACUUUCCUGGGUUCUCUAUGGGAGUCUAAGACAAAUAUGGUCGUGUCUCUUCUCCAAGCUGGAUUGGCAAAGCUUCAAAAUUCCUUCGCUUCAGUCAGGAUUCCAGAUGCCCACCUUCUUGCACGGGCUAAACAAUCGGCAAUACAACAGAGACUGAAGGUAAUCUAUCAGUAAAUAUUCUCCAAAUCU